AUGGAGGUGUUCAUGAAGGGCUUGUCCAAGGCCAAGGAGGGGGUGGUCGCCGCCGCCGAGAAGACUAAGCAGGGGGUGGCCGAGGCCGCCGAGAAGACCAAGGAGGGGGUCCUCUAUGUCGGAAGUAAAACCCAAGGCGUGGUGCAAGGUGUCACCUCAGUGGCUGAGAAAGCAAAGGAGCAGGCAUCCCAGCUGGGCGAAGCGGCGUUCUCAGGUGCUGGCAACAUUGCGGCAGCCACUGGGCUGGUGAAGAAGGAGGAGUUCCCUGCAGACCUGAAGCCAGAGGAGGUGGCCCAGGAGGCUGUUGAGGAGCCACUGGUUGAGCCACUGCUGGAGCCAGAGGGGGAGAACUACGAGGAGCCCCCACAGGAGGAAUACCAGGAAUACGAGCCAGAGGCAUAA